GACGCAAAACCCCCACCCCCCUUUUUUUUUCUCAUUCAAAAACAAGAGGAAAGUAAGAGCAGCUCGAGCGAGCGCGAGCGCACAACUCUUUUCCUUCUUCACGCGCGUCUUCCUUUCCUUAGUAUUCAAAGCCAUAUAACAGACAAGCCAUGGACACGCUGCAACAGAUAAAUGUAAACAGAGUCAGUAGCAUGGACUGUGAAAAUAUGGAGGUUGCAGCAGAUGACCAUUUGAGAAAUUUAAAGGAGUUGGCUGAGAGAUUGCGACUACAGACCAGAAGACCCUCCUAUCAAGAGUGGAAGGCCCAAGUAGAAGCUACUAGUGCCAAAGGACCAUCAGACCCAACAAAGUCCACUGUAUCAAGUCAAGACGAAGGACAGGAGCACACGGAUGGACCUGAAAGAAUUGAUCAUGUGUUGCACUUAACAGAAGAGUGCAGCCUGACUUCAAGUAACCUGAAAGGGUUCGGGAAUAUUGAUGAGGCUCUUGUUUGGCUGAGGAAAGAACUGAUGGAGAUGCGUGUGCAGGACCAGCAGCUGGCUCGCCAGCUCAUGCGCCUACGAGGAGAUAUCAACAAACUGAAGAUCGAGCAGACGUGCCACCUGCAUCGACGGAUGCUCAAUGAUGCUACGUUUGGCCUGGAGGAGCAUGACGAGCUCUCUGAUCUUCUAUGUGAUAGUCCUGUUACACCUGGCUUUGGUCUGUCAGCACCUCUUCGCCUGAUCGGUGUUACUAAAAUGAACAUAAACACAAGACGCUUCUCCCUCUGCUAGGCUGAAAGUAAACAGGGUUUCUAAGUAAAGUUUAUCAUGUCUUCAAUUUAAAAACAAGGAUCUUACAUAAAAAUGUAUUAUAGGGAAAAAUAUCUUGAGACAUAUUUUGUAACGAAUCAUGAAACCUUUAGCUGUAAUGAUGCGCUCACAUUUAUUUGCUUAUGCUGCUUUCAUUGCCUUCUGCAUUGUACGCAAUAUGCUUUAUCAUUUAAAUUACACACCAAGCCUUAUAAGCUAAAUUACAAAUUACAAAACAAAAACGCUUGAACAGUUAAUACACACAGAAUAUGAUGCUUAAAAAAAAAAAAAAAUAAAUAAAUAAAAUUCUACAGACAUAAUUAUAGCAAGAUACAGGACAAAUAAUCGUAUAAAUAUUUUUUCAUUUCAGUAAAAAGAUUUAGGAUAUAAAACAGUGUAUUGCUUUGACAACAGUUUUCAGUGUUUAGGAUCUACUACGACUAUUACUUUAUUAUUCAUGUUUUUAGGUUUUAAGACAAGAGAUUCUGGAUACAGAAAACUCAUAGCUAUUUUGGCACAUAGCCAGAUAAGGAGUCGGGGGGCAUGUGGUUAUUGGAAACGUAAUCAUUGAUGGGGUGUAAUAGCAUGUACAGUAUUUUAUCCCCCUUAUAACCCUAACAAUUUGCCAACACAUGCAAUUAUGUAUUAAACAAAGGAGUUUUUUUUUUUUACUUUUAAAAGUUGUCUAAUGUUGUGGAACAUCCUUGAGACAUCUUCUUUUUACAGCUAUAAACAGUCAGUCGCUCACUAUGGUCUUAUUUUCCUUUAUCUUGAAUUUAAUAAUGAGGUUUGUCAUGUUACUGAGAGACUAUAAUGCGCAAAGACUUUAUUAACGUGGCUUAUUAACCAAGACGCUAGAUGUACGAUAUAUAUAGUGUACAUCUAUUGUAUUUUCUUUGUGAAGAGACAGUAGUUGAUCAUACAGGUUUAAUUUUAUAUGUACAGUAUAGAGGAUAUUGUCACAAAGCAGCCUGACAGGAAUAUAAAAAUUCUGAAUAAAAAUGAGAGUUUAAAAUCUAAAUUUAUAUUUAACCUCAAUAAGCCAGAGGCAUCAGCGGUGAGGAAAAACUCUCUGAGAUGAUAUAACCAAGAAGAACCAGAGUCAAAAGUGAAGUGUGAUUAUAUAAUAAACCAUUUCCUUUCUAGAACUGUAAUAGAAAAAAUAUAUUGUUUAAUUUGCUUCCUCUGAUUCUGUAUAGUCUGCAGACCGUCUUAAAUAAAAGAACAACGUCAACGAUGAUCGUUAUGUAACGUUAAGAAGUACAGUUUAAGUCAAGGCUCCUGACUUCUUUGUAUUUAGCAAAAAAGUACAAUCUUGGUAAUAAAAUGGACUUUUAUGUCACUAUUAAAUGAAAAAACAA